AUGGAUUUGCUAUGGAUACUUAUUAAAAGUAAUGAAUUUGUGGAUGUAGCACUUCUGUUUACUAGAUUUCGUGAACAGCCUCUGAUUAAUUCUGCUGAAUUAAGACAUUCUUUAGAACUCAGCUUGAUUUUAGAAUUUAAAUUGAGAGAUUGGUACAGACGCGCACGCACAUGCGCAUACGUCUACAAACAGAUACAGCAAAUUGGAUUCAUCCUACUUUUUAAACUUUCCCCUUCAAGCUUUGAGACUGAACUAAUCAAAGUCUUGGCAAUCUUUGUGCAAGCCCAUCCAUGUAUUCUACAGUGUAUUAGAACUGGCGUAGAAGUUACGCGAGCUAGAGUAAGGCGUAUACAUAGGCCUUUCGGCUUUCUCAAAAAACGACUCAUCAAUCUGGAAGAGCUUACUCGUGAUGAAUGUGGAAAAUCUGUUCAAAUUUCAACUGUUCGCAGGGCUCGAAUAAAACUAUUCGGGAGACGAGACAUAACACAGUUUUGUACCCGUCUGCCAAUGUGGGAAUCAUUGGAGUUCCGUGAAGAGUAUUUAGUCUGCUCGAAGACAAGUGAAGCACUAGCUUCCUUUAAAUACGGUUUCUGCAGGGCUCACAAAAGUCCGAAGCAUCGAAGCAUUAGAGAACUGACCGAAUGGAAAGAAGAGAAGCCUUAA